GUUUUGAUCAUGACAUCGGGUCAAAUGUGGAACCACAUCCGAGGACCUCCAUACGCUCACAAGAACCCGAACACUGGCCAAGUGAGUUACAUCCACGGCAGCAGUCAGGCUCAGUUUGUGGCGGAGACUCACAUCGUUCUCCUCUUCAAUGCUGCGGUGACUCUAGGAAUGGUUCUGCUUCAUGAGGCUGCGACCUCUGACCUGGACGUCGGCAAGAGGAAAAUCAUGUGUAUGGCAGGAAUCGGGCUGGUGGUGCUGUUCUUCAGCUGGCUCCUGUCCGUCUUCAGGGCCAAAUAUCACGGAUAUCCUUACAGCUUCCUGUUCGGCUAAAUGAGGACCGGUGGAGGAGCGCUGGGAAAUAUUAAUGCGCAAAGUGCCUUAAUGUUUAAGAUGAGUGAUUGAUCUGGUAAAGUUCUGCUUGACCCUG